AUGUCAUCUGUUGGCGAUUACGAAGAGACAAAUGUGCGUGAAAAGAAGAAAAAAUGCGACAAAUUCAGGCGCUUCUUAUCCUACCGAGAACACCCGAUACAGGGAAAGACCCUGGAUAAUGAUUGUCCCUCCAUUUUUUGCUGGUACAUCAGAUGCCCCCCUCAUAGUUUUCCCGGGUGGGGACUCACGCGUUUACUACUGGCUUUCCUGUCAUUCGUGCUCGUGAACUACUUUUGCGAGACGGAAUUGGACCCGAACUACGAGUAUGUGUCAGAAGUGAGAGCAACAAUUCUGGGAAUGUUCAUAGUGUAUGCAGCGGCGAGAUUCAUGUCAUUCCUGCUACGAACUGCCCACUUGCCCGAUAUACUCGGUAUGUUGCUGGCCGGUUUCGUCCUGUCCAACUGUCUGCCCUUCAUCCGGACGAUCAACCGGACAACUAAGGAGAUCCUGAACGACUUCGCCUUCUCCAUCAUUCUAGUCAGGGCUGGACUCUCUCUCAAUCUGGCCACCUUCAAACAGAUGGGGUGCACAAUUGUACUACUUGCAACCACACCAGGUGUUGUGGUUGAGGCGACCAUAGUGGCCAUGAUGGCAUGGACAGCCCUGGACUUCACCUUGGCAUGGGCAUACAUGUUCGGUUUCAUCAUCUGUGGCAUCUCUCCAGCUAUCAUUGUGCCCACCAUGCUUAAGAUACAGCAGCAGGGAUAUGACAAUGGACUGCCGCCUCUGAUCAUCACAGCAGCCAGUAUGGACGACAUCAGUGCCCUGUUCGCCUACUCUCUGAUUAGUGUGCCUGCAUUCGAGAACGAAAAAGCCGGAACUCUGGUGCUGGUCACUUUUGCAUGGACUGUGGCCUGCAUAGCAAUUGCACUACUGUUGAGUGGUGUGUUCUGGUGGGUGCCUCCUCAGACAGAGGUGGAGACGGAGGAGAAGUACAUCAGCUUCGGAGACAGUGGCCGCAACAACCGCAUCCGCUUCUUCCUCCUCCUCCUCGCCGCCCUCUCCUUCAUCAUAGUGUCCAAGUUCUACAACCAGAAGGGAGUGGGACCACUGGCCAGUGUUGUCACAGCAUUCGUGUCCAGUAUUCGGUGGCCAUACCGAGUAAAACAGAGCGUGAGUGCUUCCUUCGCAGAUGCAUGGUCUUUCGUCGCCCCUCUUCUGUUCGGCCUAGUGGGCACUGAACUCAUUCUGGACGAGCUGAUCAAGAUGGACAGUAUGCGGGUUUUAGGAAUCAGUGAGUUCAAUGAACCGAAAGUGUUGAUCAUCAUAUUCGGAGUGGUGAUCAGAUGUGUAUGGGCCUUCGUGGUGACCAAACUGCAUGGCAUGAUCACAUGUUGCAAGAAGAGGACUGGAAGGGGGAGGGGCAACAGACCAGGGGGUCUCGUGGGAGUGCAGUGGAGUCUCCCCAAUAACGUGGAAUCGGAGUGGUCUCUGAAGGAGUGUAUUUUCGUGGCGCUAGCCUGGUGCCCCAAAGCCACAGUGCAGGCCAUAAUGGGCCGAGUGCCCCUGUCUACCCUGGAGGAGAAGGCGGAGGAAAGUGGGGACCCAGAACAGUACAGGGAGGACCACAAACACGAGUUCCAGAUGGCAAAUGACAUCCUCAAAGGUAGUCUGCUGUCGAUCCUUUUAUGUGCGCCAGUGGGUCUCAUCUUCAUCAAGUUCACCUACAAGAAACUAAUGAAGAACACUUUCUCGCCCAUCAUCCGGUUCAGCAAAACCACAGAGUACAGAUCCACCACAAGUGUACUGGACACCAGCUCAUCCGAAGGUUUCAAAAAGAGCAAUUCAUUCACAACUAAACAAAUAACAGUUUGA